AGCUGGAUCGGUUUCUGACCACCAAAAGAGCCCCGCCGUCGCUGUGCGUCUUCUGCUACGAUGCCUCCAAUAUAACCAUGGCGUCGUCGCUGGCCAGGUCCACGGCGCUUGCCCCGUCUGUAGCCCUUAGGCUACCCAAGCGACUUGUGCCGACGACGACGACCCCCAUGGCCUACGCAGCCUCUGUCACCCCCACGACUGGCCCGGUCCCAGACAGCGCCGCCGCCAAGGCCCACCAUGUCCUGGGCCGCCAUGGCGAGCGCGUGGGCUUUGUCAACCCGCACCCGUCGGCCGGCGUGCGGCUGUCCAUAACGCAACAGGGGUCGCGUGCGCUCAAAGCGAAAUGGCGAGGGGAACUGGCCAUGCCCAACGGAAAGGACCACAAGAUCAAAGUAGUCGAGCCCGCCCUCCUAAAGACCCGAGCCCCGCCCGCUUCCCUCCGCGCGACAUGGCUCGGCCACGCCUGCUACUUUAUCGAGUUCCCCUCGGGGCUGCGGCUGCUGUUCGACCCCGUUUUUGAGAAGACGUGCUCCCCGCUACCGGAAUGGAUGCCUCCGAACCUCGCCCGCAUCACGCCGCCGCCGUGUCUUCCCAAAGACCUACCGUUCGUCGACGCCGUCGUCAUUUCGCACUCGCACUACGACCACCUGUCGCUAAACACUGUCAAGGGCCUGGUGGCCACACAUCCCGGCGUCCACUUCUUCGUGGGCCUGGGCUUGGCGUCCUGGUUCCGCUCCUCCGGCAUCGACAACGUCACCGAGAUGGACUGGUGGGAGGACAGGGAGCUGAAACUGGUGGACAAGGACGCGCAGCACGAAAUCCUCGCCACCGUGUCCUGCCUGCCCUGCCAGCACACGUCCGGGCGCACACUGAGCGAUAGGGACACGACGCUGUGGGCGAGCUGGGCUGUGUCGUCGGGUGGCCGCAGCGUGUGGUUCGGCGGCGACACGGGCUACCGCGCCGUCCCGCAGCUGCCGCGGGGCGAGGACGACUACGGCCCGCAGCACGCCGACCUGCCGCGCAACCCCGACUUUGCCGACAUUGGCCGCCUGCGCGGGCCGUUCGACCUGGGCUUGAUCCCCAUCGGCGCCUACGAUCCUCGGUGGCUUUUUAGUCCCGUGCACUCGGACCCGUUUGACGCCGUCGAAAUAUUCAAGGACACGCGCUGCGCCAGAGCCAUGGGCGUGCACUGGGGGACCUGGGUGCUUACCACGGAGGCGGUGGAAGACCCGCCGCGCCUACUAAAGGAGGCACUGCGGAGGUCGGGGCUGGAGGAGGGAGUUUUUGAUGUGUGCGCCGUUGGGGAGACGAGGGAGUUCUGACGUAUCUACUGUCUGCUCGCCGUCCGCUCGCCGUCCGCUUCCAGUUACAAAAUGGCACAGCUCUCCUCUUUCCUGUCUUUGGCGUUUUUAACGUGUGCGCCAUUGAGGAGACGAGGAGUUCUGGUGUAUCUGCUCGUUAAAAAAUCACACAACUCUCCUCUUUCCUGUCCGCCUUCUUCCUUAUAUACACCUCGGCCUCAGCCCACCCUACCGCCCCGCCCUUCUUCCUCAUCAGGUAGCCGUUGUAGCCCUUGUCGUCAUGCCCCUCAAAUUCUGGGUCUGACUCUUUGCAUGACGGCGUCUUUCUGCACGGCUUGCACAUUUUGUCCACAUGGUGGUGAUCCUCAAUAUUCCCGCCCCAGUCGGGACACGAGAAGCCCCGGGGCAGGUUCCAGUCGUUCUUGCACGCUUCACACCACUUGACGAUGGGCUCGCUGAUCCAGUCGCUGCAGGUCGGCGGGUAGUUCUUGUGCCUUCUAAACCAGCCGUUGCUCGCAGUCCCGCGGACUUCCACCCACCCUAUACGAGGGAGAUGGCUGAUGACAUUGAACUCGAUGUCCGCAUCCUCCUCGUCGAGCUCGG